AGUGGUCUCACCUGCUGAGUCUUCGGAGGAGGAGGCUCCGUCCCUUCCGUCCCUUCUGUCCCUUCCGUCCCUCGCUGAGGCAGUUUUCAUCAGUGUCGUGUGGACGUCUCGUGAGACGUUUCAAAAGCCAGCUGCGUUUCAUUCCUUCAUUUUGCGCUAGUCGUGUGCUGCGCCGUCGCAAGAAAAUAGAGUUUCCCCCUCCUCCUCCUCCUCCUCCUUGUUUCUUGUCAUCUCAAUAGUCAGCAAGAUUCGAUCGCUGAGGGAUAUGGGUUCGUUACUGUACCGGACUCGACCUUUUUAGCGGAAACACUCGUUCCGAGUACGAAGGUGCAUCGUCUGCCCUUACCACUGUCGCGAAACCUCCUGUUUUCGUCGUUGGGAGGGGUCCGCCGUGGAUCCGGCGUCUUUCUUCUGCACCGCUCUCCACCACUGUCGUGGACGUGGAUACGGCACUUGGCUUACAGCACCUCGGUUCCUGUGAAAUGGUGCUUAAAGUCCUGACAAACCGCACUUGAGCUCCAGCCAAACCGCACUUAGGUUCCUGCCAAACAGGACAUACAGCUAGCGAGGGAGAUCCGGUCACAUGGUCGGGAAGUAGGUGGUGAGAGAGACCUAAUAGUUAGAAGACGAUGCGUUCCAGUCAGUGCCAGUGACUUUGGAGUCAACUCAAAAGUCGCCGCUGUGUGAGUCACCUACUGGCUGGGAAACGCCUACUGGUUAGAAGACAAUGCGUUCCGGUCAGUGUCAGCGUGUCUGGAGUAGAGUCCACGUGUCGUUACGACGACCGUUUGGGGUCCAAGCAUGGGCUCCAGCAGCAGGAGCUGAAGCAUCAGGAGCAGCAGCCGCAGCAGCAGGAGGAGGAGCAUCGGCAGCAUCGGCAUCCGCCGUAGCAGGUGCAGCAUCAAAAGCAGCAGCACCUCCAGCAGCAGAAAUAGCAGCUGGUCCUGGUGCUGCUGCACUGACAAGGAGACGCGAAGGGCCUAUGUCUAAUCGCGCCUGUAACGGUGCAUCCACUGCUACCCUCGGUCAAUAUUGUUCAUUACAACAACACAGAUCGUUUGAUGUAUUGCGGCAGCAUCCGCAUCACUAUCAACAUCAACAUGCCACCAUCCAUCAUGUGCAUCAUCGGUGUCAUGGUCAGGAAGACCAUAAUCGACAUUGUGCUAUUAUGAGCCACAUCAGUGGCAUGGCACAACGUCAACAUCGCAGCUAUACCCUGCUGCCACCAGCCUCAAUUACAGCUGCAGCAGCAGAAACAGCAGAAGCAGCGUUCAGUGCGUCGCUCGCAGGAGAAUCACGAAUGCGGCUACCUACUGCUGCAGCCAGUGAGCUCGAUUCUGCACCUACCUAUCUCUCAAGAGUAGCUUGGGGGGGGAAGGCAGAACCCGCAGCAAUAGCAGCAGCGGAUAGUGAGGGAAAGGUAGAGGAAGGUGGGGAGGGUCAGAGAGGUGGCUUCAAGAUUUCGCAAGAACGGCAAGAACGCUGCACUGCAACGAAAACCCCCGUUCCUCUCGCCGUUUCUUUCCAGUCAACACCGAAUCCUCCUCCUCACUGCCUUUCCCCCCUACCCCCUUCACCAAUGCCAGCAGCACCACUAUCACCACCAGAACCACUCUGUACAGCAGCCUUUGAGUUGACUCAGAAUUCCCCUCCUCACCAUCCCCCUCCACCUUCACCGCGAGAGCCAUCACCAGAACCGGAAUUAGAAGAACCAGCACCCCGCGCGCCCCAGCUGGCCAUGGCAGCAGCAGGGCUGGGUGCUCCUAUGGCUGUGUUUUCUGCCAAUUUCGGGAGCCUGAAGCCGCGGGUCCUGCUGAUAGACGGCACGUGUUAUGCCUCCCACGCUGUGAUUCAACGAGUAGCCAGGGCAGACCGAGAUCAGAAGCUCUCCUUCUGCUGCGUGCAGUCAGAGGCAGCACACCCCUACCUCGCCGCCUUUGGCUUCAACCUCUUGGACGUGCUCCAGUCUCCCGUGUACAUCCAGGGCUAUGACUCCUCGUUCUCUGGAACUUCAGCCCUACUUCGUGUGGCCUGGGACCUCCCUCUACCCUACCCUCUCCUCGCCUCUCUCCUUAUCAUCCCCCGCCCUCUCCGCGACUCCCCUUUCCACUUCGCCUGGCGCCGCCGCUACUGCUGGUUCGGGCAAUCCCCAAGGGUGAUUCUCCCUCCGUCCGAGAUCAUUGAUAGGUUUGUGGACCGUGAGGAGUUGGAGGAUGAGGGGAGGAGAGACGAAGAUCGGAGGCACCAUGAGAUGGCGGCGGGGAGACAUGGGCUGGACAAACCCCCAGGGUCUCUGGAUUGAUACUCUUCUUGGUUGGGCUGGAGCAAUCCCUGUGCCCUGGGGCAAUCCCUGUGCCCUGGGGCAAUCCCUGUGCCCUGGGGCAAUCCCUGUGCCCUGGGGCAAUCCCUGUUUCUCCCGCCGUCUCUGAGAUCGGAGAUAGGGUUGUGGAUCGGGAGGAGUUGGAGGAUGAGGGGAGGUGAGACGAGGAUAGGCGGCACCAUGAGAUGGCGGCGGGAAGGUAUGGGCUGGACAAGCUCCCAGGGUCUCUGGAUUGACAUGGAUGCUUGGGUAGGUCACGCGGUUGAUUCCCCUGCCCCUUGGGAUUCAACAGGUUCGUGGGCCGGGAGGAGUUGGGGGAUGAGGGGAGGAGGGACAAGGAUAGGCGGCGCGGCACCAUGAGAUGGUGGCAGGGAGGCAAGGGCUGAACAAGCCUCCUGGGUUGUUGGAUUGUUAUUGACGCUUGGUUGGUAGAACCCAUGAGCCAGGAUGAGAGGAACCCUUACGGCAGCACUGUGGUGGCAUGCGCUGGAUACGGCAAGCCUCCUCCUGGGUCUCUGGUGUCUGGACUGAUGUGCAUGCGCGGGCAUGCACAUCCACAAGGGUCAUGUGUGUUCACAUCACAUACUACCAUGUGUCAGAACUCAGUCACUAACCACUGAGUUAAAAGGGUUUAUUAAGAAGCGGGUUAGUGCACCCACAACCCCCUAGGCAUAGAGGCCUGUGACCCUUCCCCGAGGAUCUCAAGGACAACAACAACGGGUCUCUUAACACCCUGGUCCAUGUUCAUCUUGUCGACAAACAUAAUUAUCUUGGCUAGUUAGUUAAUAUUUGUUAUAGCCUUUGUUAGGUCAAUUCUUAGAGGGUACAGCCUUACCUUUGUAACCCUCGACAUUUUCAUCUAGUGCACAAUCUUAC